GUUACAAUACAAAUAAUUACUAACAUCGAAGCGUACCAUAUUGUACAACCGUCGGCGAUCGAAUCAAUCGCGAGCUUACUGUAAUAUUGUAAUAUUAAAUUUAUUUUAUUAUCAUGGGCAGGCUAGAUAUUGUAGGUAGGUAGAAUUAAUGUGCCAACGACCGCAACGAAAACAAAACAAACAGACAGAUGUUGAGACGUCGUAUUAAUCGCGUUUAUGUUUACGGAGCAAGACCAUUCGAGCAGGUAACACUGUGUACUAUCAAGGUGUCCAAGGGUGGGGCAUGGUUAUCUGGAGAAAAUUUUUUUCAACGAAAGUUUUUUCUUGCGUUUAAAAUAAAAAAAAAGACUAGGUAAUUGCCUAGAAAUUCCUCGCCGUGUUCCGUAUUCCAUUUUUACGCCAUAUUUUUUUUACGUUUUUCUGGCAACAAUUCUACUAGACAAUAGUUAUUUUUUAUCCAUUACUGUUGGUCGUCAAAGUUAUUCCGUACGAUUCGAUCAUCGUCGUGUUCUAUACAAACAGAAAACGUACAUAUUAUACUUAAAAUCUGGACCGCCCAGGUACAGAAUCCAAUCAGUGCGAGUAAACAACAAUCCGUGAUCUAUGAAUAGUCCGAUGUAACGUUUUAAUGUCAUAUUUUUUUUUUUUAUCUUAUCUUGUGAAUUGUUUUCCAACGUUCAUUAUUACAAGUGCUGUAAAGCAAUUUUUUUUAAUUUAAUUAUCUUUUUUUAAUAUUUUCUUAUAAAUAAUAUUUGUUUUAAAUUUAAGUCAGUUUACCUACCUACUGUUAAAUUUUUGUGUAUCUAAUUUAUAAUUUUUGACUUAAAAACUGUAUCCAAGAAGAAAUCAUGGUCAUUAUCAAUGAUCUCGAUUACCAGCCAUUCCAAUCGCUAGUCAAUGUCGACAGUAUUCCAUUUGUUAUUCCGGAAUGCACAAUUACAAAGAAGCAGCCAAACAAAACAUUUAGUGAAAUCCAACACCUCAUUAGUAAUGGACGACAUAAGGAAGUUAAAAAACUAUUACGUAGCCACCAUUGGCCCGCCGAUAACAUGAUUCGAUCCCAACUGUGGUCUGCACUGUGUAAACAGCACAACAACAAUAAUAUGACUGAAGGUUUCUACUGGGAUCUAGUCGUACAAUUAUUUGGUACUAAAGAAUUACCAGAUAAAACUAGUAUAUUACCACCUUUUGUUGAUUCAAAACAUAGACAUAUUUAUCAUUUAACUGCUGUCGGUAAAGAAGUAGCUGACCGAGUUGUAUGUGUACUCGGGUUUGCGUGUCCUGAUAUUACUUAUAGUCCAGCAAUAUACUCAUUAGUCUCAUUAUUUUUACAUUUUAUGCCUGAAGAAGAAUGUUAUAAUAGUUUAACUAGUCUUGUGUCUUCAAAACGAUUAGUUUUUAUGACUCAAACAAAAUCAUUAUAUGAAGUAACGUGGAGAACUGUAAUGCGAGUUACUAGAAAACAUGCAAGUAGUGCUUCAAUUAAUUUAACAAAAUUUUGUUCGGCCACCAAAAUGGAACAUGUAUAUAGUGAUUGGAUGUGGUGGAUUUUUCAAGGCCUUCCAUUUCAUCAUAUUGUAAGAGUUAUGGACUGUUACUUACAUGAAGGUAUUAAAGUAUUAUAUAGAGUUGCCAUGGCUAUACUAAAGCUUUUUCAUAAAAAUACUAAUAAAAGAAAUUCUCCUUGGGCUUUAGAAGCCCUUAAUAACGGAUUAGAAGCUACUUUAAUGAAAUUUUGUAGACAAAUGCCUGUUAGUCCUAAUAAAUUGUUAAAAACAGCAUUUAAUAUUCGAGCAUUAAGUGCUGCAUAUUUACAUAGAAUUUUCGUUAAAACUGAAAUGUCAAUGAAGUCAAAAGCCAUUGUUUCAAAUUCACAUCAAUUGAUAAGGUCUCGAUCGAGUGAAAACUUGCCUACUAGUCAAUCUCAAGUAAAUAUUCAGCUCCUAUCUCAUACACUUAGCACACGAGAACUUUUUACGCUAUGGUCAUGGUUACCAAUGAGAAUUACAAUGUAUCAACCUAUUUUAUUAUACACUACAGAAGAACAUGGAUGCAGCUUGACUACAUUUUAUUAUAGAGUCGAACAGCAUGAACCAACAUUGUUAAUUAUUAAAACUUGUACUGAUGAUGUAUUUGGAGCUUAUUGUUCUACUAAAUGGCUUGAGAGAAAUAGAAAAGAUGAUAGAGGAAACAGAACAGCAUAUUUUGGAACUGGAGAAACAUUUCUAUUUAGUUUGUUUCCUGAAAGAUCAAAGUAUCCAUGGGUCGGUAUGGAAAAUGAUAAUGUUUGUCAUUCGAAUGAACUUUUUAUGGCUGCUGAUUCUAAAAUGAUAACUAUCGGUGGUGGUGAUGGUCAAGCUAUUUGGAUGGAUGAAAAUAUAAGAUUUGGAAAAUCAGAUAGCUGCUCAACAUUUAAUAAUCCACCACUUUGUCCUGGAAGAGAUUUCGAAAUCAAAGUGUUGGAAGUUUAUGGUUUUGGAGGUGCAAUUCUGUGAAGAGGUGGUGAUCGUGAUUGUAUUAUAAACAU